CUGGCCGGCGCGAAGAUGGCCGCUCCGCCGCUGGCCGCCAAGGCCGGCUCGGGGGGCGCCGCGCCUGGCCCGGGCCGGGCUCCCUGCUCGUCGUCCGGCGGCUCGUCGGUGUCCUCCGCGGCCGCCGCCUUCCCGGAGCUGGACUUCCGCUCGGGCGCCCGCGUCGAGGAGCUCAACCGGCUCAUCCAGGAGUUCACGCGCCACGACCAGCGCGAGUACGACGACCAGCGCGCGCUCGAGAUCCACACCGCCAAGGACUUCAUCUUCUCCAUGCUGGGCAUGGUGCAGAAACUUGACCAAAAGCUCCCGGUUGCCAAUGAGUACUUGCUCCUCUCUGGGGGCGUCCGGGAAGGCGUGGUGGACCUGGACUUGGACGACCUGAACAUCUACGCCCGCGGCACCGACUACGACAUGGACUUCACCCUCCUGGUGCCGGCGCUGAAGCUCCACGACCGCAACCAGCCCGUCACCCUGGACAUGCGCCACUCGGCCCUGUGCCACUCGUGGCUGAGCCUGCGGCUCUUUGACGAGGGCACCAUCAGCAAGUGGAAGGACUGCUGCACCAUCGUGGACCACAUCAACGGGGCCACCAACUACUUCUUCUCCCCCACCAAGGUGGCCGACUGGUUCCACGACUCCAUCAGCGUGGUCCUGUCCGAGAUCCAGAAGAAGCCCCAGAGGGGGAUGCCCAGGGUGGAGAAGGUGGAGAAGAACGGGACCAUCAUCUCCAUCAUCCUGGGGGUGGGCAGCAGCCGCAUGCUCUACGACAUUGUCCCCGUCGUGUCCUUCAAAGGUUGGCCGGCCGUGGCCCAGAGCUGGCUGAUGGAGAACCACUUCUGGGACGGGAAGAUCACCGAGGAGGAGGUCAUCAGCGGCUUCUACCUGGUCCCCGCCUGCUCCUACAAAGGGCGGAAGGACAACGAGUGGAGGCUGUCCUUCGCCCGCAGCGAGGUCCAGCUGAAAAAGUGCAUCUCCGGCAGCCUCAUGCAGGCCUACCAGGCGUGCAAGGCCAUCAUCAUCAAGCUCCUCUCGCGCCCCAAGGCCAUCAGCCCCUACCACCUGCGCAGCAUGAUGCUCUGGGCCUGCGACCGGCUACCCGCCAGCUACCUGGCGCAGGAGGACUACGCGGCCCACUUCCUCCUGGGCCUCAUUGACGACCUGCAGCACUGCCUGGUGAACAAGAUGUGCCCCAACUACUUCAUCCCCCAGUGCAACAUGCUGGAGCACCUCUCCGAGGAGACGGCCAUGCUCCACGCCCGCAAGCUCUCCUCGGUGCGCUCGGACCCGGCCGAGCACCUCCGGACUGCCAUCGAGCACGUCAAGGCCGCCAACCGGCUGACGCUGGAGCUCCAGCGGAGGGGCAGCACCACCAGCAUCCCCUCCCCGCAGUCGGACGGCGGGGACCCCAGCCAGCCGGACGACCGGCUGGCCAAAAAGCUCCAGCAGCUGGUCACCGAGAACCCGGGCAAGUCCAUCUCCGUCUUCAUCAACCCGGACGAUGUCACGCGGCCGCACUUCCGGAUCGACGACAAGUUCUUCUGAGGGUCGGCCUCUCUCCCCACCCCACCCCACCCCAAUUUCAGACU